AUGGCACCGACAUCAUCCAUUGAGAAACUUCCCCUGCAUGUCACCAGUGGUAUUCUCGCCCAGUUGGACACGAUCGCCCAGCUUAGCCUCGUUGUCAGAAGUCAUCGAAUUUUCCAUGAUGCCUUCAACGAAAAUAGCCAGACAGUCGCCCGAAGCGUCGUUCUCAACCAGAUCCCUCCAGGGAUGUUUCCGUACGCGGCUGCUCUCCUACAUUCGAUCCACGUCAACCCGAGCAAGCAUGACGCAGUUCGAGAACUCCUUUCGCAGCUGGAAACUACCCUUACCAGCAACAACACUAAGAUAGGCCAAUUGAGCCAUUACCCACUGUCUGCAUACGCUGCAUUGAGCCGCGACCUCUCAGCCGUUGAGAUUCUGAGAAACGACAUGGUAGCCGAAACUCUUCCCUUAUUCAAGAGCAGGUUCGAAUUUGAUCAUACACCAGAAGCCUCCGAUCAAGAACUCUACCGACUGAAUCGGGCGUUCUUACGAUACCAGCUCAUGUGCAACCUCUUCUGUAUUCCUUGCAAAGUUGGUAGGCCUCUAUCUUGUGAAGAAAUCACUCGAUGUUUCUUCUCGUCCUUCUCUCCAUGGGUGAAUGAGCAGAUGCUUUGCGUGUAUGCGUACCUCGAGCGAAAGGUGGCAGAGGCAUUCGAUGAUGUCGCUGCUCAUGAUGUGGAUCACGGUGAAAUGCCAAUCGAUUGGGAGGAGGACGGAACGGAAAGUUCUCAUAUCCAGUCACACCUUUGCCGUGGACUUCCUUUUCUAGUCGCCGUUCUCCGCGCACGAACAUUUGGCGAAAGAGAAUCUCUGUUGCCGAUGCAUCCCAAACCAAAAAGAUACUACGACAGCGUCCCCUUUGAGAUCCUGCGUCUCAUGAUGCCCGAGAAAGCGUUUGUUGACGAAUUGAACCCCGUCGAAUGGUGGGUUCCACUGAGCGAAUGCUCAUCAUCCAAUAUUGCCAAGUUAUCGACACCAUUGGACGGCGAACGGGAUGCGCUUUCCUCAAACCCUUGCCAGUUGUGGCUCCAAGCACACAAAGAAGACGAGGUUUAUGAGAUCGUGGUGGACAAGUACUUCUCUAAAGCCCUCUGGGAAUGCGCAUAUCUCAUAUGGGACUGGGAACAAACAACGGAUCUGGAAAGAAGAUGUGCUGCGGUUUCGAAUAUGAAGCUCUUCUUUCCCCGCGCCCGACUGUCGUGGACAAUUGAAGAGUUCAGAUUAUCCGAGAUGCAGAGAACCUGUAUAUGGCUUUUCGGGGGUCAUGGUUACUGGCCACGCCGGCGGAGAUCCGACGAGCAUUUUGACUUCAGCGGAAUAUCUGGCAUCGAGGAGAAUGAUGAGGCCAAACUCAUCGUCAAGUUCCGGAUUGAAGAGAAGAAGAUAAUCGAUGAAUUGCGGAACCUAUGA